UUUUUUAUUCCUUUUACAUUAAAGCUUAAAUUUCUUUGUUUUAUUUGCUGUUUCUGCUAUUUACGUUGUUUUUUUUAAUCGACAUUAUACGUGAACUUACUACACAACGUGUCAUUUAUACUUUGUAAAACUGGCGUGUCAUAUACUCAUUUACACCUAAUCUGAAAUCUGUAAAACUAAAAAUAGACCCGCAUACUUUUACCGCAGUUCAUACAUCGCAUUUUAUCAACACACACGCAGGAACACAGCUGCAUAUUUCCGUUAAAAUGGCGAUUAAAGUUGCUUAUAUAUUGAGCAAAAUAAUCCACAAAACUGAUGAUUUUAUUCCCACCGAAAAUCGUAACUCAAUGGUUCAUGCAUUAAUUGAAUCUUGUGGUUUAUUAAAACACUUAUGCCUUGUUGCGAACAGACAAGCUACUGAUUCAGAACUAGAGCUAUUCCAUUCGCCAGAGUAUCUCCAGUACAUGAAGAAAUACAAUGAUGCAAUUGAGUGUGAUGAUUCAUUUGGUUUUGGUUACGAUUGCCCCUUAAAACAAGGGAUCUAUAAUUACUGUAAAGAAGUAGCCGGUGCUAGUAUUUCAGCUGCGAAAAUGUUAUGCUCUGGACAGUUUCAAGUUGCAAUUAAUUGGCUAGGGGGUUGGCAUCAUGCCAAACGUGCAGAUGCAGCAGGUUACUGCUAUGUUAAUGACUGUGUGCUAGCAAUACUACAGCUAAGGACAGCCUAUGCUAGAGUACUGUAUAUAGAUCUAGACCUACACCAUGGAGAUGGGGUACAGGACGCUUUUUGUGGGACAAAUAAAGUCAUGACUUUCUCUAUACAUAAACAUGAGCCCGGGUUCUUUCCUGGUACUGGUAGCUUAAGCGACACAGGUUUCGGAAAAGGGUUUCGAUAUUCUGUUAAUAUCCCAUUAAAAGACGGCAUAACAGACACUCCUUUUGUUGAAAUUUGCUCAAAAGUUUUAAAUGAGGUAAAAAUAAAGUUUGAUCCAUUAGCAGUUGUUAUUCAAGCUGGGGCUGAUGGGUUAAAUGAGGACCCAAUGCGUUCAUUCAAUCUUACACCUGUAGGGCUAUCUGAUUGUGUUCAGUUUAUUUUAAAAUGGAAUCUCCCCACCCUAAUCCUUGGGGGUGGUGGUUAUAAUGAAGCCAAUGUUGCUCGCUGUUGGACAAAAAUCACAGCUGAUGUUUUGAAUGAAGAACUGCCAUGUGAAAUACCAGAAAACCAGUAUUUUCCAUCUUAUGGUCCAAGUUUUGACUUUGAAGUUGUAGAAGGAUUAAAAAAAGACAGAAAUUCGAAAGAAUAUUUGAAAAGCAUUACGAAUACUGUUAUUGAUAAUUUGAGCAAAUUGUUAUAAAUUUUAUAUUUUGAGUUUGUUCUAUUGUUCAACUAGUUAAAUUUUGUUUAAAAUUGUUUUUGUACUUUCUUUAG